GCCCUCCCCCUCUCAGAACACUCAAUGUCGGAACGUUCCGAAGAUGACGUCGGAGCGUUCUCGAAUCCCGUGUCUCUCGGCUGCUGCUGCCGAAGGAAAAGGGGAAAAGCAACAAGAAGGAAGAGCAAUGGCGACACUGGAUCGCAAAGUGCCCAGUCCGGAGGCGUUUCUGGGCAAACCCUGGUCCUCCUGGAUCGACGCCGCCAAAAUACACUGCUCCGACAAUGUAGAUUUAGAAGAGGCUGGAAAAGAGGGUGGAAAAAGCAGGGAGGUUAUGAGGCUUAAUAAAGAAGAUAUGCACUUAUUUGGUCACUGUCCAGCACAUGAUGACUUCUAUCUCAUAGUAUGCAAUUUCUGCAAUCAGGUCGUCAAGCCCCAGGUUUUCCAGUCUCACUGCGAAAGAAGACACAGUUCCAUGUGUAAACCUUCUCCCUCUCCAGCAUCGCCACCUUCCAAUUCCAGGACAUCACUGUUACAAGUGAAAGCAAAAUCCUGUAUCAGCGGCCAUAACCCUGUCAGCAGCAACGCAAAGCCAUUCAAAACGCCCAAAGACAAUCUACUUACCUCCAGUAGCAAACAGCACACAGUCUUUUCUUCGAAAGCAUCAAGGGAUAAACCAUGUGUUCCUGUUCCUAUAGUCAGUUUAGAGAAAAUUCCUAACCUAGUGAAGGCAGACGGUGCCAAUGUCAAAAUGAAUUCAACAACCACUACUCCUGUGACCUCUGCCACCUCUUCCUCUGCCGUGCCUACCCCACCUUUAGUUAAACCGGUGUUGAUGUCUAAGCCGGUGCCACCGUCACCAGAGAAGAUAUUGAAUGGCAAAGGAAUCGUAUCUCCCUCAGUAGACAAGAAACACCAAAAUGGCACCAAAAGCAACAAGCCUUACAAGAGACUUUCAGAGAGAGAAUUUGACCCAAAUAAACACUGUGGAGUAUUGGAUCCUGAGACAAAGAAACCUUGCACAAGAUCACUCACCUGCAAGACACAUUCGCUUAAUCAUCGGAGGGCAGUCCCAGGUCGGAAAAAGCAAUUUGACAUCCUUCUGGCUGAACACAAAGCUCGGUCCAGGGAAAAAGAAGUCUCUAAAGACAAAGAGCAUCUCCCAUCAUCAACAAGGGAAACACAUCAGAACCAGCCUAUACCAGCACAAGACUCUCUUUUGGGAUCUUCAAUGAACUCUGGGCCAGAACUGAAAGUAGCAUCUCCUGCAAAAUCCAGACCACCUAAUUCUGUUCUUCCUAGACCAUCGUCUGCAAAUAGCAUAAAUAGUACCAUAUCUUCAAAUCACAGUGGGUAUGCACCAGAACUGCCACUGCCCUCAGUUGGAGGAGAUCUAGCCAGCCGGUUGUCCAGUGAUGAAGGAGAAAUGGAUGGAACAGAAGAGACAGAGAAGCUAGAUUGUCACUAUUCUUCACACCAUCCUCGACCUCUAGGGUUUUGUUCAUUUGGGAGUCGCCUCAUGGGACGAGGGUACUACGUGUUUGAUCGGAGAUGGGAUCGCUUUCGAUUCGCACUAAACUCUAUGGUAGAAAAACACUUGAAUUCACAAAUGUGGAAGAAGAUUCCUCCUGCAGCAGAUAGUCCCAUGCCUUCGCCAGCAACACAUAUCACCACCCCUGUUCCAGCAUCUGUUUUACAGCCUUUCAGCAACCCUAAUGCCGUGUAUCUUCCUUCAGCACCCAUCAGCUCAAGAAUCACUUCUUCUUACAUAAUGACAUCAGCCAUGCUCUCAAAUGCAGCCUUUGUGACAACGUCAGACACGGGUUCCAUCAUGUCACACACCACAGCUUUCCCCCAUGUGGCUGCGACGCUAAGCAUCCUGGACCCAACUUUUAAGGCUCCAUCUGCUAUGUCCCCAGUGCCAGCUGUCAUCCCUUCCCCAUCCCACAAGCCAUCCAAAACAAAAACCAGCAAAUCCUCAAAGGUCAAAGACCUGUCUGCCCGUAGCGAUGAGUCUUCGAGUAACAAAAAGAGAAAGCCACAGUCUUCUUGCUCUUCCUCCUCAUUAACCUUGCAGACCUCUCCCUCGUCUUCAUUUUCAGGGCCCCACAAAAAGAACUGUGUCUUGAACCCAAGUUCCACAUUGAACUCCUAUCAGGCGACAUCUUCCUAUAACAGUCUGUCUGUGCACAGUACAAACAAUGGAACAAGUCCACUCAGUGCCAAAAUGGAGCCCUCAGGACGGACUUCACUGUCAGGUGGCUCCACAGACUCCGUAAAACACAUGAGCACGGUAGUCAGCAGUAUUGACUCCUGUAACCCGUCAGUACCCUCCUUGGUGCACCAUGCGGGGGAUCUCACCCUGGCCACACACAAUGCGGUGUCUUCUCUACCCCUUUCUUUUGACAAAUCAGAAGGGAAAAAGCGUAAGAACUCUAGUUCUAGUAACAAAGCCUGUAAAAUCACUAAAAUGCCUGGUAUGAAUAGCGUUCACAAAAAGAGCCCGUCCAGCCUUAUCUCGCCGGUGCCAGAACCUGCUAACAGCUCCAUCGCUCGGCAGGUUGGAAAAAAUAGCAGUGUAGCUUUGUCACAAUCCAGUCCUUCAAGCACACCCAGCCUGGCACACAACCGACAGAAGACUGCAAACCGAACAGGCAGAAUACGGACUCUUCCAUAACGAGGAAAGAAAGCACCCUUUGAUGUCCAAUUCCCAGCCACCCUAUCCCACCACAGGUGUUAGGGGGUUGGGAGGGGUGGGGCGGGAAGUGAUGGGAGGACAGGUGACUUCCUGUGCCCUCUAGGUAUCUCAGCCCCUCCUUUUUAAAAUCAAUUUAAGGUCUAAGAAAGAGAUGAAAGAAGACAAAGUGAAAUUUAUAUUUACCGAAAGCUGGAAUCAUGGUUGUAGUUGUUUUUGUUGAAUUUGCUUUACUCCUUCUCUAGCUUCUGAUGUUGCACCGCACCAUCAGUUUGUUAAAAUAAUUCAGAGUAGACAUUCCAGAACCUCGGUUCCUGGUUGGCAUCUUCCUUAACUCUUGAAGCUCUCACACAUACACUACUUCCUUUUUCUGUUUUUGUUUUUGUUUUCCUCCUCAUUCCCUCACACCUCCCAUUACUCUGUGUCCAACCUUGUCACUUAGGAGGGAGCUGGGUCUCAACAUGCUCCUGUAAUACAGCAAAUGAUGGGGGACACUCUGUUUGUGAGGGGGCCUGGGCCAUAGACCCAGUGCACAGGGAGCAGGUAGGAAUGAGAGGUUGUGUGAAACUCUUCUUAAUCAGGGUUUAAGCUGCCCACUGGGGCAUGAGCCAAAUGCUGAGGGCAAAACGAGGUAUUCCCAUAUCAGCCACACCAAUGUUUCAGGAGAGUUGCGACCAAUGUGGUGAUUUGCCCAACGUCAUUAUCUAGGUGUGAGGUUGGGAAAGAAUAGCUUUGGAAGGUAUAACAAAGGGUUUCUCUCAGAGUAAAAGGAGAAGGGAGUUAAGUAUUGAGGGAGGUUGGGGACAAAUGAUCUGAGACAGCAAAGCAGGUACCAUUAAGGGGAUGACACAUCACAUCCCACAUUCCUACAAAUUGAGGAAUAAACUCUCCAAGAUGCCUGAGCCACAGCUUGCCCCUACAAAGUAGACUAUGAUAAUUAUGAAAUUUUCUAGGAGCCCAUCUCUUCCUCUGCCUUCCACUCUGGAAACGCCCAUACUUAGUGUCCGAUAUGCAAGAACCCAAAGUUACAGGAACCAAAAGUGAAAGGAACCCAAUUGGGAGAGACACGGAAGCAACUUCAGGAAGGGGCAGGGCUCCUGCAUGCUGCUAAAGUUUUCAUGAGUUUUCCACUGUAUCCCUCACCUGCAUCAGGUGAAAAAAAGAAAAAAAAACUAACCACAAGGAGGAAAAAGGUGUCUCCCUAGUGAAGGCACCUGAGAAGGAGGGGUCAGUACCACUUCAGCACCCUGUAUGGACAAACACAAGCAUUUCCUAGCUAACUCCCAUUCUGGCAUACAUCCGUGAACCCACAGGCCACAGGGGAGACCACAGGAGGCAUCACAGAGCUACCAAAUAUGCCCAUCUUGCUUACCCCCAAGUGUCCAGACGUUGCUUGACACUCUUCCAAAGCUCAACAUUCACCAGCCUUAAUGUGGCCAGGCUAUUCCUGUACCCCCUGGGCCAAUGUAAUAAUAGCGUCCCACUGUGUAGGAAGAGAGCCAUCACGUUAGAGGAGUGGAAAGGUUAAGCUCAUGAGAAUGUGCUGGCUGGAAUUACGGAGGAUAGUCAGUAGAUGUAAGGUCAAGUGGAAUAGGAAGUGACCCUAGGAGCCAGGGGGCAAUCACAGUGCCAGGAAGAAAUUCAGGGUCUUGAAUUAGGAUUUCUUGGUAUUGAUAAUAAAUUUAGUUAAUAAAAUAAUGUUUACUCAUUUCUUUAAUAUUAGACUAAUUUAGGGAGUUAAGGAGUAGAAAUGCUAUGAAGUGUUUGUUACCAAAUUAGAUAUUAAUGACAGCCGCAGCUGGGCACAGACAUGUCCCCUGAAUUCUUCCUUUACCUUCCCAUCCCCCCCACCCCAUGAUACUACUACUGUUGGGCUUUAUCACACAACUGGAAUUUGCAAAGAUACGAGGCAAACCGUCUAGUUUGCAUCAAUGGAAUUGCACUGACAGUGUUUCUUAUAGGAUUACUAAAUUUUUUAUAUAUAAAAUAAAGAUUUUUUUAAUCAGGAGUUGAUAAUAGGUACCAGGACAUUAGUACAGAGGAUUUCAUUUUUAUUUCUACAGUGUUAAAAGUGCACUUAUAUGCUGGUUUAAUUAUGUCUUGGAGAAAAAGAAGAGACUGCAAAUAGAAGGGAGAUUGUUACUUUUUUCUUUUUUUAAAAAAAGGCUUAAGACAGAUUUUAAGACUUAUAAAUGUUUAAGCAAUUAUAAUAAACAAGGCUAGACCCUUUGAAAAAAAAGUUUAGAAAAUAUUCUUAAAGUAAAUUUUUAUAGUGUUAAUUUUGUAAUAAUUUAUGUUUUACUAUAUUGC